AUGGACUAUAAAGUCCCCGCGCAUGCAGAAAUCGAUACUUACUUCUCCGCGAAUCCAAUUUCUAAAUGGCAACUUUUCGAUGCGUAUAUAAAUUUCAAGUUAGAGGACGGCCGAGUCCACACAGCAUCAGAAUUAUUUAGGACCUUCUGUGGGUCACUAGCCUACAUCGAGAGAGGUAGUUACCCCAAAUUCGUUACGGAGUAUGCAAAAAAACUAAAGAUGGCUACGAAGACGAAAAGAAACUUUUUCAUGGAGUUUGCCGAGAAACUUAUUGAGCGUGUUGAACGACGGCAAUUGAUGAAGGAAAAUGAAAUUGACAUUCAGGAAAAACAGUCCUUACGAGCUCAAGUAUCCAAGUCGAAAGCAUUGGAUGAUAUAACAAAUGCAAUUAUUGGAAAGCGUGUGAUGGCAACGAUGACGAUGAUGACGAUAAUGAACAAAAG